AUGUCUAAAACUGAAUGUUAUUUCGAUGAGGAAGAGUAUGUUUGUCCACUUUGUAUGGAGGAAAUGGAUAUAUCGGACAGAAAUUUCAGACCAUGUCCUUGUGGAUAUCAAAUCUGUAGAUUUUGUUGGCAUCACAUUAAAGAGAUAUUAAAUGGGUUAUGUCCAGCAUGUCGUAGAGUAUAUUCUGAACAAACAAUUGAAUUUACACCUAUAUCGCCUGAAGAAAUAAAAAACGAAAAGAAGCAAAAAGAACGCGAGAAGAAAGAACUUGAGGCAAUGAACAGAAAACAUCUAGCCAAUAUGAGAGUUGUUCAAAAGAAUUUAGUUUAUGUUAUUGGUAUAAGUCCGAAGAUUGCUAACGAAGAGAUAUUACGAUCGCAUGAUUAUUUUGGACAAUAUGGUAAAAUUGCUAAAAUUGUGGUGAAUCGUCGAAACCCCCCACCUUCCAAUGUUCCCGGUGCUCCUCCACCUCAACCAAGUGUUGGUGUAUACAUCACUUAUGUAAAGAAAGAAGAUGCUGCAAAGGCUAUAGCUGCUGUUGAUGGAAGUGUAUCUGAUGGUAAAAUACUUAGGGCAAAUUAUGGCACGACAAAGUAUUGUACAUAUUAUCUACGAAACAUGGUAUGUCAGAAUCCGAAUUGUAUGUAUCUGCAUGAACCUGGCGAAGAAGCUGAUAGUUACACAAAAGAGGAUUUAGCUUCGGCUAGAUAUAGUCUCAGAGAACAUUCAGCAGCGACAGAAUCACACAAGCCAAAUCAAUUAGGAAAGCCGCCUUCAUCUGGUCCAACUCCUACACCAACACCAUCAACAAUCAUUUUUCCAACUCAUAAAAAACCUGAUUCAGCACCCUCAUCGACUUCAACAAUACAUCCAUCCUCUCAUUCAAAUUCACAACCUUCACACAUAUCUACACAUCCACCUACACAUCCACAAUUAACGCAUUCCGCUUUACAUCGUUUAGAAAAUGAUAAAAGCACUACUAAUGAGGAUAAAGAUGAUGCACCUGCAUUACCUCCAACUGCUUCUUGGGCUGCUAAACCAUCAAGUCAAGAAACAACUCCAGUUCUUAAUAAAAGUAAACUAAAACGAACCAGUCCUUUAGAUGUACAACCACCAAAUUCUAAAACAAAUAAAAAAAUCGAACCCAACUCCACCAAUAACACUACCACUAAUAAUAUUAUAAAUUUACUAAAUACAUCCAUCAAAAAGAACGAAUCGUCAGAUCAUAAUAAUAAUGAAAAUCUUCAACUACUAUCACAACCACCGCAGCAACUGAUUCAACAAAUUCAUAUAGAUUCUGCUAAUGAAGAUAAAGAACAAUCAAAAAAUGAAGCCAAAGCAACCGUCAGAGACUCUUCUCAAUCAAUCGAAAAUUCCAUAAAACAACAAAAGAUUAAACAAAAACCAGAUUUAGUUGCUCAAUUAGACAAGACAUUAUCUGCCCUUAGUGGUGGUUCAUUUUCAUUUAACGCGCCAUUAUUAGAAUCCGAUCCUCUAAUAGAUGAUAAGCUUAGUGAUAGUAUUUCUUCAAUUGUCACAGAUAGUAACGGUAUAAUUAAUGGAACACAUAUUGUUGCACCUCCACCUGGUGUCGGUUUCCCCAGAACAGAUAUCGUUUCGCCAACUUUUACUCCUACGUCCGAUCUCCAUCAACAGCCACAAAUUCAUUACACCGGCUCAUUCAAUCCGUUUGCAGCCGAUGAUGAUAAAUUCGAUGUGUUCAUUCCUGAAAGUAGUUCAUCAUCAUCACCAUUGACUGCUCUUGGCUUACCAUCAAUUGGUGGUACUGGUGGCGGUAGUGUAUCAUCAACAAAUUCCUACUCAACUGAUCCAAGACUUAUUUCACAUCAAAUUAAUAGUAAUAAUGUUUCUUCGAGGCCUAGACAUACGUCGCGUUUUGGUUUUGCACAAGAGGACAAUGACGGUUCUAAUUUGGAUCCUUUAUCAAUGAAAGAUUUACAAGAGGAUUUAAGAGCCAUUUUUCCUAAUGCUAAAGUAAGUUAUGGACCUAGUGAGAUUCAUCAGGAAUCCAUGUGGAGUUUGGCAAAUGAAUCUGGUGCUUUCGGAGGAUUGCCAAUCAGGCGUAGCUUAAUUCCAACAGCACCAUCAUCAUCUGUAGCUUCGAUAAACAAUGCAUUAAAUCAAACUCAAAAUCUUCAUGGUGACAAUACAAAUAACGUAGCUCCAAGUAUUAAAGCACCGCCUCCAGGUAUAUAUACACCAACACCUCGUAUGGAUUAUGGUGUUGGAGCAACAGGUGGUGGAUGGAACCCACAUAAUACUACACCAUGGAAUUUUGAAGAAGAUUAUAAUAUACGACCAAUUUCACUUCAAAAUCCAAACUUUUUACAAGGAGCUGCCACUACUGCAACAGUCAGACCUGCUAGAGAUGAUACACAAGAUUUUUUUGGAGCAUUUUUAAAAGCUGCAGUUGGAAACACAAACACACAUGAAGAUAUUCAUAAUGAGGAUCCUGCAAUUAUGACAGUUCGUUUUUCACAACCUGGCGAAAAUCCAUAUAGAGCACCAGGAGCACCAGGAGCACCACCUAUGAUUCCCCAACAACAAUAUCAGCCAAUGCAAAAUGUUGGAGCUCAUCGAUUAAGUGUGUUUGAACGGGUGGCAAGGACAGGAGAAGAUCAGAUUGGUAAUGGUUACGGUGUAGGAAUUGGAUUGGGUAAUGUGGAUGCAGGUGGGUUUUCUUCAAUGCUAAGUGGUCGAGAUAAAAAUUUAAGAAACACUGCUUCAAUAAAUAAUAACAACAAGGAAACAAAGAAAAAUGUUAAUAUUGAAGGUGUGGUAGUGAAUGCUAAAAAUAAUAUUGAUGAUUACAAGUCUAAAUGUGACGAUGAUGUAAAUUCAACAACGUCAAAGACGACAAGAACAAAAGAUGAUGAAUCUAGAAAAAACUUUAAUAAUAGACCAAAUAUUAUGACAUUUGUUAAUGAAAUAAAUAAAAUAAAAACUGUUAAUGAUAUACACAGAUUAAAAGCUUUUAAUUUUAACACAGAUUUUAAAUUUGACUUUUCUUCUUCGGGAUUGUUUUAUGGGACAAAAUCUGAAAAAGUUGAUGAAUUCUUUAUCACUGAUGACAACAAAAUUGAAGAUCUUGAGAGACAAUUAGCAAAUGCUAAACGAGAAGCACUGAUGCUUGAGAAUCGUUUGAGAGCCGUAAUAAAAAAGAAUAGUCAUCUUCAGGAAAUUGGAAGAAAAUGA